AUCUCUGCUCCAGAAUAUCCUGCGAAGACGAUCAUCUGCCCACAUCGCUCAGCAACGAGUUGCGACCUCAUCGACUCUCAGCGGGACGAUACUGAAUUGCGGUUCGUGCCUGUCCAAUUCACUCGAUGGCUUGUUGUGCUGUAAGCGUCGGAAAUUUGACAACCUCUGUUGUCGCGAGUACCGCCGUCUCAAGCUUCAGAUGUUCGCCAGCGAAGGUUGUUGGAUUCAAUGGACCCUCCCUCAUGCAACAGCGCGGACGGGUGGCGCACCGUGUAAAAAUUUCGAAGAGAUGCGCAGGUGUUUUCACCAGAGCGUCAGUCGACACAGCCACGGCCCCCAUGGAGAAGAUGGCACCCGCCAUCAUUUUGACCGAUAAGGCCGUCUCUCAUCUUAAGAGGUUGAAGGGUGACAAAGAUGCCUUGUACUUGCGAGUAGGAGUUCGACAAGGGGGUUGCUCUGGCAUGUCUUAUGUUAUGGAUUUUGAGGAUGAAUCCAAAGUUCGAGCAGAUGACUCCAAAAUUGAAGCUGACGGAAUUACUCUGAUUUGUGAUCCAAAGAGUUUGCUGUUCUUAUUCGGGAUGCAGCUGGACUACAGUGAUGCUUUAAUUGGAGGUGGUUUUGCAUUCAGCAACCCAAACGCAACUUCGACUUGUGGGUGUGGGAAAUCCUUCGCUGCUUAGAUUAUUCAUUCAAAAUGAGGGCAAAUGAUUGGCUGUCCUGUAUUUUUAUGCUACAUAAAUUGUAAAUUAUGUAAUGGAAGUGACACUCUCCUUCGAUUUAAAGCACAAACCGUAGGAACUAUGAUUGGGCUUAAGUGAAGGGCAUCACAGUGCUGAAAGGGAGGUUCAUGUUGUGACCUUUGACGAAAAAUGUAAGACUACUCAUUGUUUAAGAUUUUAUAAAUUCGUCCAAGGCUGAACGCUUUGACACAACUCCGUUCUCUAACGAGGA